CUGGUGCAAGUCAAGUUGACAGUUGACGCUGGGCGCUUUAAUCAUACAUCCCAUUCUUUCUGUACAUGAUGCUGUAAAGCUGUUCCUUCAUUUCCCUCUUUGCCCGUAUUCUGCCGGUUCUAAGAUAAUGGCCUCCUUUGCCCUCUUCUUAUCAUUGUCGCAUCGUUGCAAGGUCGGGCAUAUGUGCAAAAUGGUCUGCAGCAGCUACAUCCGGGGUUAGAAUGUCAAUGCUAAAGAGGCUUUAUCUCCAUAACGCUUUACUGUCAAGUAGUAGCUCCGUUCGUACUUUUAGCAGAAGAGCUCUUACUGAGCAUAAUGUUGCUGCUUGGUCUGGUAUUCAGGCUUGGGGCUCUGGUUUUGAGCAUUCUUAUAUCCAUAUCGACCUGGAGUAAUUUCAUCUUAGAGCGGUUUUCCCUCAAAAGAAGUGAGAGUAAUGUUUUGUAUGACUACAUUGUUGUCGGAGGAGGUUCAGCAGGAUCCACAGUAGCUGGUAGAUUAGCGCAAAAUGGUUUUAAUAUUUUAUUAUUGGAAGCAGGAGGCCCUCCUCCAUGGUGGGCCACCUUGGGAACUGUUGACAUCCCUAUCUUUGGGCCACUUUGGCAGCGAACUGAUUUGGAUUGGUCCUAUUCCACUGUGUCCCAAACACACUCAUGCGGAGCUUUCAAUAACAGAGUGAGUUUGUGGCCACGAGGUCGAGUGUUGGGUGGAUCUGGCCGCUUGAACAACAUGGUAUACCUGAGAGGACAUGAAAAAGACUGGAAAAGUUGGGAAUACUCUCAAGCUAGUAUGUUACACUAUUUUAAAAAAUCAGAGCUCCAGUUAGGUUGCUACAAAAAUGAUUCCUCUUACCAUAAUUCUGAUGGGUGGUUGCCUGUGUCUGAUAUGCCCAUGAAAUCAGAACUGUCUGAUGCAGUAUUAAAUGCAGCAAAGGAAUUAGGAUACUUUGUUGGAGAUCUGAACACCAUGUCCCAUGCUGGCUUUAUGGAAGUACAAACAAAUACAUUGAACGGUGCUCGCUUCUCUGCUGAUGCUGCAUUUCUUUAUGCUGGAAAAUUGCCUAAUCUUCAUGUGAGAACAAAUUCUCAUGUUAGUCAGGUUGUUGUAGAUCAACACAAUGAAGUCAAGGGAGUAGUGUUUUAUAAUGCUGAUGGUCAACACCAUGCUGAAUGUAGGCAUGGUGUGAUUCUCUCUGCUGGUGCUAUUGGAUCUCCUAAAAUUCUUCUACAAUCUGGUAUAGGGCCAGCUGAUCACCUCUCUGAGAUUGGUAUUCCCGUGAAAAUUUCCUCUCCUUAUGUGGGUAAAAACCUUCAAGAUCAUGCCUCAACAGGAAGUGAUCUUGUUCUACUGAAUGCCUCGCUAGCCCUCAGUCUUUCCAAUUUAGUUCAUCCCUCGUCCUUUUGGGACUAUGUCUUCAAAGGAAAAGGUCCAUUAACUCAUGGAGGAUGUGAAGUAACCGGAUUGCUAUAUACUCGCUUCUCUGACCCCAAUGAAGAUCCCCCAGAUAUUCAGCUCUUGGUUUUACCUGCUGGUCAGUCAUUCGAUGAUGGGUCACUUUUGCGCCACAAUAUGGGUUUGCAAGAUAAGGUAUGGAACCAAUAUUUUUCUCACAAGACUGAUAAUUAUAAAGCCAUUGGCAUAACUAUUCUAGUAAUAUUGCUCCAUCCGUGGAGUCAUGGGGAACUUAAACUACAAUCUGCGGAUCCAUUUGACUCUCCACUUAUCAACCCAAAGUAUCUGUCAGAUCCAAGAGAUGUUGAAACUUUGGUUGAAGGAAUCUAUGCUGUUAAAAAGUUAAUUAAAACUGAAGCAAUGGCAAAACUAGGGGCUCAUCUUAAUCCUAAACCUAUGCCAGGGUGUGAGACGCAUGAAUUUGAUAGUCAUGACUACUGGUUGUGCUAUGUUCGGAUGCUUACAUACACAGUUUACCACCCAGCAGGAACCUGCCGAAUGGGGCCUGAAAAGACAGCUGUGGUGGACAGAUCAUUUCGGGUGCAUGGAACCUCGAAUUUGUAUGUAGUGGAUGCAUCUGUAAUGCCAUCUUUACCCAGCGCAAAUAUAAAUGCAGCUGUUGUAGCCCUUGCUGAAAGAGCUGCAGAUGUUUUAACAGACAGAGUUACAAGGAAAAGGAGAAAUCAGAAUCAGUCACCUCAGCACACCUACUUUUCAAUAAUGGAAACUCUUCAACAGGACAGAGUGUGCUAUAAAUUUGUAAACAACAGAAAACUGUGAUAACUGAAUGAAUACAAAAUAGGAAAAGGGAAAAAAAGAUACUUGCUUAUUCACCACUAUUUAUUACACCAUUAUUUAAAUCACACCUUAUCUGCAAAGGAACAGUUUGGAAAUAAAUUUCCCACAGAUUUCGGCAAUGUCUACAAAUAAAGAUGAUAAAUAAAAUGCUAAAUGAAUAUCCAA